AUGAAGGUCAACAAGUCCUGCGACCAGUGCAGGCUUCGCAAGGUCCGGUGCAUCGUGCCCGCCGCUCUGCUUGCAGUCGAUCCGCCUGGCGCCAACCCCGUUCAUGCCGGUGCCGCCGGCGAAUUACACAUCGACCGGAUCCUGCGGUGCGGUCCGCAAGAGGUCUUCUACUGUGACGACUUCACCGUCGUCAAGGCGUCCGACACCAAAGUGCCGAGCUCGUCCGUAUCCUUCUUCUCCGACGACCGGGUCAUGUCGCUCGCGGGGAGACUCGGGACAGAGGCUCUGCGCGAGCUCGUCGACGGUCUGGACGACCUGUUUAAGAGGCGCCUGUGCCGCAGGGAAAGCUCGCCAUGGGAGACCAUCAACUUCCAGAAGCCCUUCGCCCCGGAGAGGGUGGAGCCUUGGAAGGCGAGAGCCUUUUUCGACGCAUUCUUCGAAUACGUCCACCCCGUGUACCCGUUCCUCGACCGCGAGGACUUUGAGGUGCGCGCUCUCGGGCCGUACCUCGACGAGGCGCUGUCCUUCGACCCAGCAUUCUCGGCCCUGUACCACGGCGUUUUGGCCCUCGGGAGCCAGUUCGUCGACGGUGGUAGCUUUGUGCCCGGGCCGGGGCGGGCGUGGAGGCUGUUCCGGGUCUCUCUCGGGUCGCUGUCGGACGUGCUUGCUCCACCGGUGUCUCUGAUGAAUCUUCAGGCGCUCACGGCCAUGUCCAUCUUUGCGAUGAGCGCGUGCUGUCUGCAGCUCGACCAGACACUCCUCUCGGAAGCCGCACGGAUGGCGCAGACGCUGCGGUACCACAAGUCGUCCAACAGCGACGCGAUUCAUCUCAAGACCUUCUGGACCGUCUACUUUCUCGAGAAAACGGCCAGCUUCUCGGAAUGCACCAGCUCGCUGCUGGCGGACGAGGAUAUUGGCUGCGCGGUGCCCCUCGCGCCCGAGUCAGUGUUCGGCGAGUACAACUGGCUCCUCUCGGCGAUCCGGCUCGGCAGGAUCUCGUCACUGGCGUACUCGUCCCUCUUCUCGGUCAGCGCGUCCAUGCAGCCCUGCGAGUCGGCGCUGGUGGCAAUCUCUCGCGUCCGGCUCCUCCUUGAGGAUUGGCGACGGUCGGUUCCCGCUGCUUUCAGGCCGGGGGAGGGUGCGCAGCCGCAGCCGGGUGCGCGUCCGAGUGCCAAGAUGGUCAUGUUGCAGACUCAGUACUCGUAUUACAAUGUGGUUAUCGCGGUGGACAGGCUGGCUCUACACCUGGGCCAGGGAGCAGCGGAUGAUCGUGAGAGGACGAAGCAUAACCUGAUGUUGACUGCGAGGAGCAUCGCCGAGUUGACAAAGGUGAUUGACGUCGAACCGUACGUUCCAGUCUUCGUCUCGGGCAUCAUGCCUCUAUCGGCGCUCUUCAUCCUCUUCGACUUUGUGAUCCACAACCCGGCGCACCGGGGGACGGUAGAGAACCUCGCGCUGCUAGAGGUGGUAGCGGGACACUUUUGCUCCAUCGACUCGGCUUCGAAGGGAGCGCUCCCGGGCAGCAUCAUUUCCGAUUUUGCGGGAAUUGCCAGACGGUAUGUUGCGAGAGUUGCGGAAGGGAAUUCACAAGCAGGAACUACAAAUCCAGGUCAUGAUGAUGCAGACUUGGACGGCGUGAUAGAGGGGACCGGCGGGCGGUGUCGUCUCAAUAUAGCAGCGCAAAACGAAGGCUGGAAAAGGUCCGUGAGGGAUACAGACUCGACGGGCAGCAGCACGAACAUGAUUUCAGAAACGCCGUCGACCUUGGACCACCUCAGCUAUCCCACACUGGGCAACACACAAGAGUCAGGCCAGGCACGAAUGGGAGAGCUGAAGACGUUGUUCGGCUGGGUUUUCCCGGACUGGGGCAGUGAGGCGGAACAAGCGGCGUAG